CUUCUUCAUUUCAUUGUCCGGAUACGACCAGCAGCGGCGGAAAUCCCCUAAAACCUGACCUUUUCUCCCUCCUUUUCCUUCGUUUUUUUUUUUUUUUCUGCUUUCCCAUUUUUAUUCUUUCCUUCAAUCUUUAUUCUCUUCUUCAAAUCCCCAUUCCCUGUUUCUUUUCCACAAACCAGAUCUGAAUCGUCACCCUCCUUUCCUCUCUCUAUUCCUCCCUCACCUUCUCUUUCCUCGUUUUGCCCUCCUUUUCUUUUCGCUCUCCUCCCUACUUGCUGAUGCAAUAAGUGUGAAAACAGAGCAUCUUCGCCAUUGCUGAACUGAGUCCGCACUAUCGCCACCAAUUGGACGGUUCGAAUCCUCUCUUCUUGGCUCUUCCUUUGAAACGAGACCUGAAUUUUGGGAGUUCCUGGUAGGAUACAUCAGCGACGGUAAUCUCUUCGAUAAUCUUCAUUAGCUCGGUUCACUGUGCUCAUAUUACCAUCUACACUCAGCCAUUGAUUCCAAGGUUACAUAAUAAGGAGUGGCGGAUAUGGAUGAGGUGAUCACCGCCGCCGAUGCGUCAUCCAACUCCCGGUCGGUGACAUCUCCACCUUCUCUUCUCCCCUCGAAUCUUCCACUCCUCUCUGCAUUGUUAGCCUUCGCUCUUGCCCAAUUUCUGAAGCUUUUCACCACCUGGUUCAAGGAGAAGAGGUGGGAUUCUAGAAGAUUGCUUGGGUCAGGUGGAAUGCCAUCAUCACACUCAGCAACUGUGACAGCUCUUGCAAUGGCUAUUGCUUUACAGGACGGGACAGGAGGAUCAGCAUUUGCUAUUGCAGUGGUUUUGGCAUCUGUUGUGAUGUAUGAUGCGACUGGAGUUAGACUUCAUGCUGGUCGGCAAGCUGAAUUGCUGAACCAAAUAGUGUGUGAAUUUCCUCCUGAACACCCAUUGUCUAAUGCUAGGCCUUUGCGUGAUUCACUUGGUCAUACUCCACUUCAGGUUGCUGCCGGUGCGACUUUGGGAUGUAUUGUAGCGUAUCUAAUGAAGAACUCCAAUUAAGGAAUGAGCCUUGAGCCCUGCUGGUAUAAAUAUCUUUUACCUCAUUGCUUACACAUUUCAUGGGCUGCUGCAAAUCCAGCAACAUACACAGCUUAUUUGCAAUGUAUGAGAAAAAGGAGAAAAGAGAGCCGACGUACAACAAUUGGAAAUUGUUGAAGGCUAUAUAAGGAUACAUGAUUUGGAUUAGGGGUAAAAUUUGUUUCCACCUUGACAUCGGGAUCGGGCUAGAGAGUAUGUGUCAGUUGUCAUUUGUCACCAAGCUCUGUGCUACCCUCUUAAUAUGGAUUAUUAUUAUUCUAUGGGUUAAUUAGCAUCCAACGUUCUAAUUUCAGUGUUCAUCAUUCA